UCUUUAUCUUGCUACCAACAGAACGCUUUAGAAGCUACCUAUUGGCUGUCUCUGACCUUGUUUCAUCAUUUGUAAAGUUGAAUUUACUGUGACUGUGUUGAAUUCCUGUCAUGUUCUCCCUAAAAUCUUUGAUCCGUCGAAGGCCCUUGUGUCGUUUCGUUCAAUCGUUCCAAAACCAACAAUCCAUCGAACCCAGCUAUCUGGUAGACCCGGAGGAAGUUCGAAUCUCCGUUCCGUUUGGAGAAAUCGCUGCAAAAUGGUGGGGCCCGAGAAACGUUCGCCCCGUACUCGCAAUCCACGGCUGGCUGGACAAUGCCGGAACGUUCGACACGCUCAUUCCGCUGCUCCCACAGCACGCCAGCUUCCUAGCUAUUGACCUACCCGGGCACGGACUGUCCUCGCGAAUCCCCGCAGGUCUCAGCUACCAAAGCAUGGAUCACGUAUAUCUGAUCAAGCGCAUUGUGAAGCACUACGGCUGGGAUCGUGUCUCCCUGCUCGGCCACUCGAUGGGCUCGAUCGUCAGCAUGGUCUACGCGGCAACCUUCCCGAACCAGGUCGAUCUGUACAUUGGCCUCGAUUGCCUCAAGUCCCACAUAACGGAACCCGCCGAAAUCGUACGCCGAUUAGAAGAACGAAUCCCAAAAGGCUUGCUCGCCGACGAACGGAACCGCGAUCAAGUCGAACCUCCCAGCUACACCUACGAAGAACUGGUGGAACGACUCCACCUAGGUUCCAACAAGUCCGUCUCCAAGGAGGUCGCACCAUACCUGCUCAACCGUAACAUUUCCGAAUCUACAACCCAUCCGGGAAGGUUCUUCUUCACCCGGGACAGUCGACUCAAGUUUAUGCACAGCGUCAGCGUCGGAUGGAGUCAGGAAAUGUGUCUGGCUAUGGCGAAGCGGAUGGCCACGAUGCCGUACCUGUUCAUCAAGGCGACCGAUUCGCCGUACUACGAAGAUAAGAAGUACUUUGAUCAGUUUGUCGACGUGGUGCGGGGGGUGAAUCCGUUGUUCCGGCUGGAGUACGUCGAGGGUGGGCACCACGUGCACCUGUCGGAAGCGAACAAAGUGGCGCCGAUCGUGUCGUCGUUUUUGGAGCAGUACUGGAGGAGGGGCAGUCAGAGGGUAGCGAACUAAAGCUUGAAAAUGGACAAAUAAAACAUUACCUUGAAAAUUU